GGCGCGACCAGUCUGAAAGUAGAAAACCCAUUCAUCGCUAGCCAUUCGAGGUUUAGGUUUCCGUCUAUGACGCUGAGUUUGAAGUUGAAGUGAAUAUGGAGGUCGAAAGAAAGCAACGAAUAGCUGCAAUGGCUGUUGUAUUAGCAGAAUUAGACGAUGAAGCGCUGUUCUUCCCUGUAAAACGAUCUUGUUGGCAAAAGGACUACAUCGCUAACAAGCAUCUGGGUAUGCAAUAUCAACUCUAUCGUGAACUUUUGCUUAGCGACAGCCAAGAAUACAGGAGGCUUCUGCGAGUGUCGAGAGAGCAGUUUGUCCAGUUGCUGUCGCUCGUAGGACCUCGCAUACAACGACAGGACACCGUAAUGCGGCGAGCCAUAUCAGCUGAAACAAGGCUGCAGGUCACGCUACGAUACCUUGCUUCAGGAGAGAGCCACCACUCCUUGAGUCGCCAAUUUCGUCUGGGCCACUCGACUGUAAAUGAUAUCAUCCAUGAAACAUGUAAUGUAAUUUAUGAAGAGCUGAAGAAUGAAUUUCUCAAAACUCCAAGCACCGAGGAUGAGUGGAGAGACGUCGUUGCUGGUUUCAGUAGAAACUGGAACUUUCCAAACUGCGUUGGAGCGAUGGAUGGAAAGCAUGUGAUAAUUACUAAGCCAGCAAACACGGGAACAGUUUACAGAAACUACAAGAAGAGCUUUAGCAUUAUACUGUUUGCCGUGGUCGAUGCGAACUACAAAUUUUUGUACACGGAUGUUGGUGCGCCAGGGUCACAGGGAGAUGCGGGCGUCUGGCAAACUACGCCUCUGCAAGCACACUUGUCAAACAUGUCGGCUGGUCUUCCGGAACUGGUCAAGGUGGGAAGCUUGCCUGAUCUGUACUUGCCACCAGUUUUCGUCGGUGAUGACGCGUUUCCUCUUGGAAGAAACUUGAUGAAACCGUUUGGGGAACGUUCGUUAUCAGAAGAGAAGAGAAUAUUUAAUUACAGGUUAUCCAGGGCUCGGCGUGUAGUUGAGAGCACCUUUGGAAUACUUGCGAAUAGGUUUAGAUUUCUGCACACCGUGAUUGACGCUGAGCCAAAACGGGUGACAUCAAUGGUGAAUGCAGCAUGCGUAUUGCACAACUUCCUCGCCAAUGAAUUGAACGCAGCUGACUCGUGUGCCGACACAACGCCUACUGCAACUCUGUUCUCUACACAGCCUUAUUCUCGCGGACGAGUAAGUGCUGUUGGCUCCGCCGUACGUGACAGCCUAUGCGAAUUUUUGAAUGGCAGGGGUGCUGUGUCAUGGCAGCGUACGUCAGCCCACUUGGAGGCCGAUGUAUACAGAAGGCCAUAAGAUUACGCAAAGAUAGUGCAAGAUGCACAUGCGUUGUCAUAAAAUAAAGUUGUUGAAAAAUAAAAUGCGGUUUGUUUAGUUGAA